UCCGGAUAGCUUUUUAUUUGAUCUGUACAACGUCCUGUCCCUUUACUUUUAGAACAUUUGAACUGAAAGAUACCUUACAUCAGCUGUUCUUUCUCCUCCCAGGUCCGAGCGGUGACGAUGCAGUCCCGCAGCGCCGGGGACAGCGGGCAGCAGCUGACCGUCCGCUUCACCAACCUGUACCGGUACUACCUGGCCAACUCGUACCUGCCGAGCUUCCUGCUGGUGGUGAUCAGCUACUCCACCUUCUACUUCCGGCUGGAGGACUUCAACGAGCGCAUCAUGGUGAGCAUCACGGCCAUGCUCGUGCUGGUCGCCCUCUUCUCGCAGACGUCCAGCACGAUCCUCAAGACGACCUACCUCAAGCUCAUCGACAUCUGGUACAUGGUCUGCAUCGUCGUCGACUUCGUCAUGGUCAUGAUGCUCGCGCUCAUCGACUUCGUCCUCCACAACCACAGCAGCAACCGCAUCAUGGUCAUGCCGUCGUCCAAGAACGGCCAAAGCCGAUACUUCCCGUCCAAAGCCGAGAAGCUGAACAAAAUCGGCCGCGUGGCGCUCCCGCUGCUCUUCCUGGCCUUCCUGCUCGUCUACGCCAUCAUCGCCUGCGUCAAAAUAUGUCACACUGUAGGGCCACCUGUGCAACGUGUCAGCAUCACCUGCACUAAUAAGGGCAUCAAGAAAAAACUCUUGGAUUCUUGCACACGGUUUAAUCCUUUCUUGAAGACAUUCGAGCUACACUAUACCUACAUGGAAAUAAUAGCACAUCAUUAUUUAUAUAAAGGCAAAUACAGUAUAAAAUCAACACCAACCAAUGCGAUGACACGUUACCACUGUGACUGCAACAGUUCCUUAGCACUCCAACUGCCAGCUCUUCCCCAGAAAUAUUGGCGUUAUACAAGAAUAUCACAACACAAACGUAAUUUUGUCAGUCAACAAAAACCCUCCUCGAGGUGGUGGUGGCGCCUAACACAAGCUCUCACAGCCAAUCAUGAUACAGAUUAUAUGAGGACCAAUCAGAACGAAGCGCUGCUCGUGCGUGAACCAAUCAACUUCAAGGAUGGGAAACACGUGCAAAUGAGCUAUUAUUAA